AUGAUUCCGUCAGCACUUGCAAACUGCUUAGCACUGGAGCAUCUCAAUCUCUCUCAUAAUGCCUUUGAAGGUCCGAUACCAGAUGCACUUGGCAAGUUACAAAAUUUGGAAUCUGUUGAUCUUUCUUUCAAUUUCCUGUCAGGUACAAUACCUACGUCUCUUGCAAAAAUGAAAGUGCUUCGCUACUUCAAUGCUUGUUUCAACAAUCUGACAGGUGAAGUUCCAAAAGGAGGGUUGUUUUCAAAUAACACAUUUAAUGCAUCAUUUAUGGGAAAUACUGGUCUCUGUGGUCCAGACAAAUACUUAGUGCAUGCAUGUCCAAACCAGGGUAAAAGAGUGAAGUCACUACUCACAAAAAUGAUUUUGUCAGCUGCUGGAACAACUGCAUUUUUACUGUGUACUUCAAUCUUUGGAAUACUGUGGUGUCGGAAAUAUUCAUCACAUCAAUUUGAUCUUCCAGAUUUCAUGAUUGGAAGACUGAGAUAUCCAAAGUUUAAAUAUCAAGAUCUGGUCAAUGCUACAAAUGGAUUCAGUGAGACAAAUUUGCUUGGUAUGGGUGGCUUUGGAUCAGUCUAUAAAGGAAUUUUAAGAGAUGGUAUGGUGGUUGCAAUCAAAAUUCUCAAUUUCCAAAAUCAACAACUCCAAAACAGUUUCAAGAGAGAAUGUAAAAUCCUGGCAAGGACUCGACAUCGAAAUCUCAUUAGAGUUAUAAGUGCAUGUUCAUACCUUAACUUUAAGGCUUUGAUUCUUCAAUUUGCUACAAAUGGAAGCUUGGAAAAGCAUUUGUAUACUGAAAGUAAUGAGGAGGAUGUUUGUGAGCUCAAAAUUGAUGAAUGCCUGAACAUUGCUAUUGAUGUGGCCCAUGGCAUGGAAUACCUACAUCAUGAUUGUCCUACCCAAGUUGUUCACUGUGAUUUGAAACCUAGCAAUGUGCUUCUAGAUGCAAAUAUGACAGCCCUUGUAGCCGAUUUUGGUAUCUCAAGAUUGGCUGGUCCUGCAAACUUAAUUGAUUCCUUGAGCACAUCAAUUGCCCUGAGAGGAUCUAUUGGCUACAUAGCUCCUGAGUAUGGAUUGGGAAUGAACAUUUCUACAAAAGGGGAUGUUUAUAGCUAUGGAAUUCUCUUGUUAGAGAUGGUCACAAGGAAAAGGCCAACUGAUGCCAUGUUUGCUGAUGACCUGAACCUCCCAAAGUGGGUGAGAUCAGCUUUUCCCCAGAGGUUAGCAGACAUUGUUGAUAGGAGGUUGUUAGAGAAUGUGGAGAUGGAACACAAUGAGUGGCUUGUUUCUUUCAUACAUAUUGGCUUGCUCUGCACAACUGAAUCUCCCCAAGAACGACCGAGCAUGAGAGAUGUAACAAGGCAAUUGGAGGUUCUAAGAAGUAUUUUCAUAGGAGGUGCAACACCAGCUUCCAAUUUAGCAAGAACCAUAUCAGAUUUGGUGCUGAAUGCCAGUGCUAAUGCAACGGAAGAGGGGCUUAGUUCCAGUGGGAGCUCUACAUAUUAG